AUAAUGAAAUGGCUUCAAAUGUUUAGAAAACAUUGAGUUUACAAGCCUUAUGAAUGUACUGAGAUAUCGUAGAAUAGCUACGAUUUUUACUCAGAAAAUUAUGAAAAUGGAUGCUUCUACAAGUCAGAAGUCGAUAAAAGAAGGAAAGGCUGAAAUAUGCCUCAAAACUGAGAAGGUAUUUUACAAUCCAGUGCAAGAAUUCAAUAGAGAUUUAAGCAUUGCUGUCUUGAGUAUAUUUACCAGUGAUUUCAAAGCUGAGAAAAUUGCAAAGGCUGAGAAGAGGGCGAAGAAUAGAAUUUUGGGGACGAAGGAGGAUGUUGAGGGAGGCGAAGGAGAGGCCGAGAUAGACAUAUCAAUACUAGAAGCCUUAUCGGCAACAGGUCUACGAAGCAUUCGGUACGCUAAGGAGGUGCCGAAUGUUACUAAGAUUGUUGCCAAUGAUCUGGCGGAGCAAGCUGUGGAGACUAUUAAGGCUAAUGUGGUACAUAACCAGGUGGAAAACUUGAUUGAGACCAGCCAUGAUGAUGCUUGCAUGGUGAUGUACAAACACAAACACCCCUCCAAGAGGUUUGCAGCUAUAGAUCUAGACCCAUAUGGCUGUCCAUCCGUAUUCCUAGACUCCGCCGUGCAAAGCGUGCAGGAUGGAGGCCUAUUGCUCAUAACUGCAACAGACAUGGCAGUGCUGGCUGGGAACUCUCCGGAAACUUGUUACUGUAAAUACGGUGCUAUUAGUAUGAAGACUAAGUGCUGUCAUGAAGUGGCUUUAAGAAUAAUGCUGCAAUGCAUAGAAUCGCACGCGAAUCGCUAUAGCCGCUACAUAGUGCCGCUGCUCAGUAUAUCUGCCGACUUCUAUAUACGGGUGUUUGUCAAGAUAUAUACUGGCGCUAUUCAUUGUAAGAAAACUACUAGCAAACUGUCAAUGGCAUACCAAUGCACUGGUUGCGACAACAUAACCCUGCAAGCGCUGGGAGGGUUCAAGCCGAACCCUACGGAGCGCAACCCGACGCAGACGAAGGCUUACCUGCCCCCAGCGCCACCUGUCGGGGAGUUCUGCGCUAAUUGUAAUCAGAGGCAUCAUCUAGGCGGCCCCCUGUGGUCAGCACCAAUCCACGACGAAAUCUUCGUGUCCCGGGUGUUAACCCACGUGGAAGAUAACCCGGAUCUCUUCGGCACCUCCAAGCGUAUAGCCGGGGUGUUGUCUAUGGUGAGAGAAGAGUUGCAGGAUGUACCGUUGUACUAUACCAUGGAUAAACUUUUCGGAAGGGUGCAUUUGGAGACUAUGCCUAUGUUGGUUAUGAGAUCAGCGAUACUAAACGCAGGCUACAAGGUAUCGUACUCGCACGCGUCGCGCAUGUCCAUCAAGACGGCGGCGCCCGCGCAGCUCGUGUGGGACAUCAUCAGGACGUGGGCUAAGACGCAUCCCGCUAAACCUGCCAAACUAGAAGCAGACGCAGUAGCUCGCCACAUUUUAUCCCAAGAAAUAAAAACUCAGAUAGACCUGAGUGAGCGCAGCGACGCCAACCCCGUGAGCCGCCGCGACGGCCGCCUGCGCUUCCAGUACAACCCCGCGCCGCACUGGGGGCCCGGCUCCAGGGCCGCUGUGAAUGUUGGAGAAGACAAAAUGACGAAAGCUCUCAAAAAUCAAAACAAGCACAGCAAAGAUAAGAAGAAUGCCAAGAGGCAACACUCGCCAAGCGAUGACGAAGAGAGAAAGAAAGCUAAUACGGGCGGUGAAACUGAUUUGUAAAUAUAUAUUGUAAAUACUUGUAAA